AUGAAUUCGAAAAAUUUCUUUGGUAAACAUGCUGAACAUCAAGAUAACACAAGUUUAGGAAAAUUACGUUCAAAAUAUUGGACAACAAAACAACUUGUUAUUAAAAAACUUGGUCGAGAAGAAGAUGAAUUUGUUAUUGCAUCUGAUGCUGAUGUUGAUGCUAAACUUGAUUUACUUUAUACAAUAAAACAAUCAUGUCAUGAUUUACUUCGUAUUAUGGAUAAUUAUCAAACAAAUGUUCUUAUUCUUUCACAUGAAGAAACAGAUAUGGCUCGUUUUUUAAAAGAUUAUGCUCAAAUGGAUAAAACUCGAGCUGGAAAAAUGAUGGCAAGUGUAUCAAAAGUUCUUGCCUAUACAGCACAUCAACGUUUAGCUUUACGUCAACCAUUAAUUCGUUUAAAUAAUGAAAUUGAAACAUUUCGUCAUCGUGCCGUAACAGAUACAUUAUCAACAGUUAAACGUAUGGAAACAGCACGAACAGAAUAUCGUGGAAGUAUUUUAUGGUUAAAAGAUGCAUCAAUGCAACUUGAUCCUGAAAAACAAUUAGAAAAAUUUCGUCGUGUACAAAGUCAAGUAAAAGUAACAAAAACUGAAUAUGAUCGAUUAAAAUUUGAUGUUAUUCAAAAAAUUGAUUUAUUAACAGCUAGUCGAUGUAAUAUGUAUUCACAUGCAUUAGCUACUUAUCAAAAAUCUUUACUUAUUUUUUGGGAAAAAACAUCAAAAACAAUGAAAGCUGUUGCUGAAUCAUUUAAAGGUUAUCAAUAUUAUGAAUUUACUGUUAUUAAAAAUCUUGCUGAACCAAGUCGAUUAUUAGCUGAAAUGAAUUCAAAAUCAUCUAUUAAUAAAUCAAAAGAAAAAGAUAAUGAUACACUUAUUAAUAUUAAUGAAACAAAAAAUAAUCAAAUACAAGAACAAACUAUUUCAAUUGAUAAUAAUCAAAAAGAAAUAUUCGAUUUAACAGAACCUGUCAAUGCAUUAAUUGAUAUAUCUGAUGAUCAACUUGAUGAUCAACUUCUUGAAUUAGAAAAAUUAACAACAAUUGAUCGUAAUAUAUUAAAAUCAACAAAUUCUAAAAAAACAUCAAAUAAUAGUGAAAAUCUUGUUGAAUUAUCAACAACAACUACUGAAAAUGAAAAAUUAUUUUCUGAUCUUCUCUCACCUAUCUCAUCUGGAAAUACAACAAAUGAUCUUCUUGAAACUAAUGAAAAUACUAGUUUUGAUGCUCAUUGGACAGCAGCAUUUGAUAAUAAUUUAAAUCAACAACAACAACAACAACAACAACCAAUAUCUAAUAUUCAUCCAGAUUCUACUCCAUCAAAUAAUAAUAGUUUUCUUCCAUCAACACUUCUUAGUGAAUUAUUAAAUUCCAUGAAUAAAGGUAACAAAUCGACAGUUCAAUCUUCAUCAAAACCUAUAAUAACAACAAAACCUACAGAAAAAUCAAAUUGGUUAAAUUUAUUUGCUGAACUUGAUCCAUUACAAAAUCCAGAUGCUAUUGGAAAAUUAGCUGGAGAUGAAGCUGACAGAAAUUGUUAG